AUGAUGCUCUUUCUACUCUUUGUAGCUUUUCCUAUCAUUCUUAUUUUUCUUCUUCCCAAAGCCAAAAAGAGUGGCAAAAACAAUCUGCCACCAGGUCCUAGAGGCCUCCCAUUCAUUGGAAAUUUGCAUCAAUUUGAUAGUUUAACUCCUCAUAUCUAUUUUUGGAAACUUAUCAAAAAACAUGGAAAAAUUUUCUCAUUGAAAUUUGGUUCUACUCCAAUAGUUGUAAUUUCUUCCGCAAAGUUAGUAAAAGAAGUGUUGAAGACACAAGAUUUAGUAUUUUGUAGUAGACCUUCUCAUCUUGGUCAGCAAAAAUUAUCUUACAAUGGUCAUGAUAUUGGCUUUGCACCUUACAAUGAUCAUUGGAGGGAAAGACGAAAAAUAUGUGUUCUUCAUCUAUUUAGUCUCAAGAAAGUGCAAUCUUUUAGUCCAAUUCGCGAAGAUGAAGUCUCAAGAAUGAUCAAGAAAAUAUAUGAACAAAUUGUUAAUUCUAAGAUCACCAAUUUGAGCAAUUUAAUGAUUUCGCUUACUAGUACAAUUAUUUGUAGAAUUGCUUUCGGUGUUAGGUUUGAUGAAGAAGGACAUGAAAGGAAGAGAUUUGAUUGUCUUUUAGGCGAAGCUCAAGCUAUGUCCGUUAGCUUUUUUGUGUCUGAUUUUUUUCCUUCUUUAAGUUGGAUUGAUAAACUUACUGGAUUGACAAAUAGACUUGAGAAAAUUUUCCAGGAUUUGGAUGAGUUUUACGAAGAACUCAUUGAGCAACAUCAGAAUCCCAACAGGCCAAAAUCCAUGGAAGGAGAUAUUCUUGAUCUUUUGCUACAAUUGAAGAAAGAGCAAUCAACUUCAAUUGAUCUCACUUUGGAUGACAUCAAAGGAAUACUUAUGGAUGUGUUCGUUGCUGGAUCGGACACUAGCGCGGCUGCAGUAGAAUGGGCAAUGACAGCCUUAAUAAAGAAUCCAAAAAUCAUGAAGAAGGUCCAAAAAGAAAUCAGAGAAACAAUAGGGACCAAAGGCAUUGUGAAUGAAGAUGAUAUCCAAAAUAUGUCUUAUUUCAAAUCAGUAAUAAAAGAGACAUUUAGAUUAUAUCCACCAGCUCCAAUCCUAAUACCAAGAGAAACAAUGAAAAAAUCCACACUAGAAGGGUAUGAAAUUCAUCCAGGAACUAUAAUUCAUGUGAACUCUUGGGCAAUUGCGCGAGAUCCUGAAAUAUGGGAGAAUUCAGAAGAAUUUAUACCUGAAAGAUUCUUGAAUAGUGAUAUCGAUUUCAAGGGUCAAAAUUUUGAGUUGAUUCCAUUUGGAGCAGGACGGAGAGGUUGUCCAGGGAUUACACUUGGGGUUGCAUCUAUGGAACUUGCAUUAUCAAAUCUUCUUUAUGCAUUUGAUUGGGAAUUACCUUAUGGGAUGAAAAAAGAGGACAUUGACACAUAUGUUAAGCCUGGAAUCACCAUGCAUAGGAAAAAUGAUCUUUGUCUUAUCCCUAGAAAAUAUUUCUAAAUAAUUUAGGGUGAAUUCUUUAAGGUCGCCUGAAUUUAUCAUUGCUUUCGAUUCGAAUUAUAUAUAUAUAUAUAUAUAUAUAUCGAAUAUAUUCUA